AUAAAAAUAAUGUCUUUGUAUUCUUGUGAAUAACAAGAUUUAGAUGACUCUUGCGAAUCUCCUUUUUCAUAAUCACCUAGAUCCAAAAGAAUAAAGAAGCAUGAAUCAAUUUCACCUAAAAAGAAUAUUGGCCAUUGGUCAAAGGAAGAACAUGAAAAAUAUUUAUUCUUCUUAGAAGAGCACUUAGACAUAAAGAAAAAUAAUAAAAUAUUUAAAUCAAUGAGUGAAGUGAUUGGAACUAGAUCCCCAAGUUAAUGCAGGUAUUAUACUUAUAUAAAUUAGAUCACAUCACUAAAAGUUUAAGCCUUUAUCCCCAACAGCUCAGAAUAAGAAUUAAAAAUUAUAAAAAAUAACAAUGUCAACUUUAUAAGAUGAUUUAAAUUAGUAAAUAGAGGAAGAAUCUUUUAAUCGAAAUAUGGUUCAACUUAUGAUUUUUGAUGACGAUGAUUAAGUCUGUUAACUUCCGUAAUUUAAUUUAGAUGAUUUCUUUUGAAAUUAUUCGUGCAUUAUACAAGC